AUGUCAUUGCACGAUGCUUUUUUCCUGGGAGACAUCGGCUCCUCCGCUGGGCCGCCGCUCGGGCAUGCGACCGGCGACGAGCCCCGCGCUGUGCCCGCUUCGGGCCCGGAGGGCGCGACGACAACGCCCGGCAUGGACGAUGUUGGCCUGCAUGGCGCCGGUGUAGCCGAUCUCGACUGGUCUGACACGUUUCUUUUUGGUACCGACGACGAUGCCGGCUCCGGGACAAUGCCUCCGUUCCAGCCAGCGUUGUCGGCUUUCGACCCCAUCGACCCGAGUCUCGGCUUUCAGGCAUCCGACUUCACGACCGUCCUGCCUCCCGGGCCGGGGCUUGGCGGCCGGCCGGAGCACUUGGGCAUGGCAGAGUUCUUCCUCAAGAACGGUGCAUGGCGGCCUCCGGAGCCAUGUACGCACUGCCGACGACUGCGACUCCAGUGCUUCAUGCUGCAGACAACCUCGGCCAAUCCCAACCCCGUCCACUCGUGCUCCAGCUGUGUGGCCUUGUUUCGGCAGUGCAGUCUCGCCGAGCGCUCGAAGAGACACCCGUCGCACUUUGAAACCACCUCGCCCGUUAUUGGCCAGCUGCACGGAGUCAACGAGGAGGACGACCCGUCGUCUUGGACCCAGCCCAUCGCGGGCACCAUCGCUGAGGCACCUGCAGCGCCCAUGGCCACAGUCUCGAACAAGAGAUCCAGCUCUCGAUCCGUCCGAAAGACGCAGGUCCUUCGAGACUGGUUCUCUGCCAACCUGGGGCACCCCUACCCAACAGAUGACGAGAAGUCGGCCCUGGCCGACCAGUCUGGUCUGAGUAGAACCCAAGUCAUCAACUGGUUCACCAACGCCCGUCGCCGGCACCGGCUCUCGACUCAGCCGAUGGUGAACAAUGCCACCUUCCGAGCCGGUUCGCCAAUGCCGCGAUCCUUGCUAUCGAGCAUGACGCCUUUUGAGAGAUGGCGCCACUCUCCCCCAGAGAGCGAGCCUGUUUCAGAGUCCGUGAUUCAGAAUGCUCUGGACUCUGGCGUCAACCAGGGAGAGCUCGGAGAGGGAACCGACAACUUCACCACGACUAUCCUCGGCUCGUCCGCCAGCGACGACUCCAUGUUCUUCGCUCCCUCGGCGCACCAGUACUCGUCCGAAGCAUCUGUCUCGUCGACUUACUCUCAUCGCUCUGCCAACAGUGAUGCCGCGCACUCGGCACGGAGCUUCGACGAUCAAUCCCAACUUCCAUGGACGAACCCGGCGUCCUCCAGAGCGAGGAAGUCGAAGCCGCGAACCAAUAUCGUCUUCCCACCACGAUGGUACGGGGACGUUUCUGUCGCCAAAUCCUACACCACAACAUCAUAG